AUAUUUACCUUCACACACGGAACGAAUUGUCAGAACUGAGAAAGAUCUCAUCAUACUGUAAUUUUCUGUCAGUUCAUCCUCGGAAGAUUUGGAGUAGUUUAUUUCUUUUUUAAGUGCAAAAUGGGAGCCUGUAUGGCGUUAUGCUCUCUUGCGAGCUGUGCUUCGUGUUUAUGUGGCUCUGCUCCAUGUCUCCUCUGUGGCUGUUGUCCAUCUACUAACAACUCCACCAUCACCCGGCUGAUCUUCUCUUUCUUCCUCCUGCUGGGCACACUGGUGUCUGUUAUCAUGAUCUUGCCUGGCAUGGAGACGCAGCUUCGCAAGAUUCCUGGUUUUUGUCAAGGGGGAACCACAAUUCCAGGCAUCGAGAACCAUGUUAACUGUGACGUCAUUGUCGGCUACAAAUCAGUCUACCGCAUGUGCUUUGCUAUGGCUUGCUUCUUUUUCUUGUUUUUUGCCAUCAUGAUUCGUGUAAAAAGCAGCAAAGACCCUCGUGCGGCUGUUCAGAAUGGGUUCUGGUUCUUCAAGUUUCUGAUCUUAGUUGGCAUCACCGUCGGAGCCUUUUUCAUCCCGGAUGGAACAUUUCAUGACGUUUGGUUCUACUUUGGUAUUGUGGGUUCUUUCGCAUUCAUCCUGAUCCAGUUGAUCCUCCUGAUUGACUUUGCCCACUCCUGGAAUGAGGUUUGGGUGAGAAAUGCUGAGGAAGGCAACAGUAAAUGUUGGUUCUCAGGUCUGUUGUUUUUUACCAUCCUGCAUUACGCCCUGGCCUUUGCUGCGAUUGUGCUGUUCUAUCUGUACUAUACCAAACCCGACAACUGCACUGAACACAAGUUCUUCAUCAGCUUCAACCUUAUUCUCUGCGUCAUCAUAUCUGUGGUUUCCAUUCUUCCAAAAGUGCAGGAUGUCUCACCUCAAUCUGGACUGCUUCAAUCCUCUAUUAUCACUCUGUACACCAUGUAUGUCACCUGGUCUGCCAUGACCAACAAUCCUAAUCGUGAAUGUAACCCUAGUUUGCUCGGCCUGGUUUCCAAUAUCAGCACAACGGAAGCUGUUCCCACAAGCUCCCCCGGGACGGUGCAGUGGUGGGACGCUCAAGGCAUUGUGGGAUUGGUUAUCUUUCUCUUCUGCACCUUUUAUGCCAGCAUCCGAUCAUCCAGUAAUGCUCAGGUGAACAGGCUUAUGCAGACAGAGGAGGGGAAAGGCGGUGUUGGAGGAGAGGAGGUGGGUGAAGACGGUCUGCGGCGUGUUGUGGAUAAUGAAGAAGAUGGCGUCACAUACAAUUACUCCUUCUUCCACUUUCACCUCCUCCUGGCCUCUCUCUACAUCAUGAUGACUCUCACUAACUGGUACAAACCUGACACAACUACUCAGGCCAUGCAGAGCACGAUGCCUGCAGUGUGGGUGAAGAUCUGCUCCAGCUGGCUGGGUUUAGGGCUCUACCUGUGGACACUUGUGGCUCCGGUCAUUUUCUCAAAUCGAGACUUCAGCUAAGCUUGAGUGGGUGAGACUCUCUCUCUCUCACCUGUUCCAAAUACCCAUGUUUGUGUUGUGUGAGAAAUGGUACAAUCUCCAUAAACCAUUAAAUGGCAUGAUCGAAGGCAAUUCACAUCUAAAACAAAAGCAUUGGUGACUAAUCUUAGGUCUGGUAGGUACAUUUAAACAAAUUGCAUGGACAGAAACAAAAGUAUAUGAUGCCAUGACACGUAUUUUAAAAAUAUUCAAAAAGGCAAUGAUUCGCACUCAUUAAGUAAUUGCUUCGUACUGUUUUUCUUUUUUCUUUUUACAUUCUUUGGGUUAUUUAAAGACACAAACGUUUCGGCACAAUGCCUUCCUCGAUGUGACAUGUAUUUUAAAAACAAAAUGUAGAAAUGACACUAAAGUCUGUUUAAAUCGUUUGGUAAUUUGACACGUGACAUUAUCGACUGUAAAAGUUGCCAUUUAUCAUUAGAUUUCCAGUCUCAGCUUGUCUUGACACUUGAUGCGCUUAAAAUUGUUUUUAAGAUAAUCAUUUCUUAAAAUUAACAAUUACAAAUUUCUUUUAACAUUUCAAGUAGUAUCUAUAUCAGUGUUUCCCAACAUUAUGCCUGAAGGCACAUCAAGAGUACACAUUUUCAACCUUUUCCUAGUCAAACACACCCGAAUCAACUCAUCAGAACAUUAGAAGAUAUUCUAAAACAGGAAAUAAAUGGGUCAGAUUAGGAAGACAUCCAAAAAUAUGUACUGUUGGUGUGCCUCCAGAAACAGCAUUGGGAAUCACUGAUCUAUACAGUCUUAUGCAAAAAUUUGGAUGAGAUGAAAAUUGAGAUUAAAUUAAAUGUGUGAAAUUAAAUUAAAACUGAAAAAUUGGCUAUGCAAAUAUUUGGGCACCCUCUCUUUUGUGUGGAUUUCAAAACCUGUAGUCACCUAAUGUUGACAUGAAAUUUAUUUGAAACAACAUGAAAUUGAUUUGAGU